AUGGAUCUCUUGACGGAAGAACAGAUAUCAGAAUUCCAGGAGGCCUUCUGUCUCUUCGAUAAGGACGGAGACGGUCUGUUCUCAUCUUCCCUCUCUUCUUCCCCCCCUCCCUUGUUUACAGCGUUCCAUCUCCCGGGCUUUGAUCUGAUCGUUGAAUUGAACACCUGAAUGAGUCUCUGCUCCUGUGUUUGUUCGUUCGUUCGUUUGUUCUUCUCCCAUGCAUGCUCUCCCCUCACUGAAGAAAAAAGACGUCUUCUCGUUGCGGACCCGCCUUCCAAUGGUUAUCUCCUCCUCCAGGGAUGGCCCUUGUAAGUUCCAGCAGCUGCGUUCUUGAAGAUGAUGCCCGAGAUAGUUGGAAAACCUUGGGCCAUUUAGCAAAGGCUAGGGGUUUCUGGCGUAUAAGCAAGAACCCGAAGCAGUGUUGUUGUGUGGUAGUUCUCGCACAACACCCUUCAGGAAUGGGAUAAAGUUCUUCUCGUGAUCCUCAAAUAAAUUCAAAAUUAUUGUCGGUGAUUUCUACGACUGCAGUUUUCUCUCUCAACGGAAUAUUUUUUUAAAAUAUAAUUUCAGCUCUCGAGAGCGAUUGUCUUAAAAAUCCGAUCUUUGAGACUCCCGGUUCCCGAUUUCAAAGUCGGCAGUUUUCCCGUUUAUUUCGGGCUUUUUGUCCUGGCGGCCCAUCCCAACUCUUCAAUUCCCGCAGGCGCCAUAACCCUGGAGGAGCUCGCCACCGUCAUCCGCUCGCUGGGCCCCACACCGACGGAGGAGGAGCUACUGGACAUGGUCGAGGAGGCCGACGUGGACAGCAGCGGGACCGUCGAUUUCAGAGAAUUUCUCAGCAUCAUGGCCAUCAAGACCAAGGUAGUACUCGACCCCAUCAUCUAAUGGGCCCGAAAAAGUUCUAGCCCAAAUAGACCCGCCCAUUAACCACCGUCUCUUCUGGCUCGGCAGGAGGUUAACGCCGAGGAGGAGCUGGACGAAGCCUUCAAAGUGUUCGACAAGGACCAGGACGGCUACAUAUCGGCCGACGAGGUAAAUUCGCAUUUAUGAAAAAUAAAAAAUAAAAAAUAAAACCCUCUUCCUAGAGGUGUAGAUUAUCAUUCCUCAAUAAUGGAUUCAUUUUUAGCAUUACGUGGCGACUUAAGUGAUUAAUUAUUUAAGGAGCCAUUUCAUACCGUUUAAGCGCUGUGCUGAGCCUGUCGUUUCUGUGCACAGCUGAGGAACGUGAUGGUCAGCCUCGGGGAGAAGUUGACUGACGAGGAGGUGGAGCAGAUGAUCCGGGAGGCUGACGUGGACGGGGACGGCCAGGUCAAUUUUGACGAGUUCGUGCGCAUCAUGAUGACCGCCUGA